AUGGAAGUUAUUAAUGACAUAGAACAAGAAGAUAUAUACAACAUUGCACUUCCAUUUGUUGAAUUAGGAAUAGAUGAAUAUGAUGAAACCAAUAAUAUUAUUCAUCAAAAUAUCAGAUUUUGUAAAUUUUUUAAACAACAAGAAAUGUGUUAUAAUAUAUUGCAUGAUAUAUGUUUACCUACUUAUAUAGUAUUAACUGUAGUUUCUUCAAGUCGUCUUGACCAAAUUAAAUCAUAUAUUAAAAAUAAUAGUACAGAAGAAAUGGUUCAUAGUAAUAUAGAAUGUACUUUUAUUCAAUCUAAUCAUGCAACUAUUAAUGAAAAAAUAUUACAAGAGGUUAAUAAUUUUAUUCACAACUAUGUGAAUAUUCAUGGAUUUCCAUCACCAGGUUGA